UCUAAAAACACAGUUCACAUUUUGAACGCAUCAAGCCAGGUCCGUUUCUUUAUACCCUCACUGUGUGCCCUCCCCACACCCGUCCCUCCACCUGCACCUCCCGGCCAAACACUGAAACACAAAGACCGAUCUCCACCGUCCUGCUUCCCCAGCUGUUGCGCUGCGAGAGGCCGUGAGAAGAGAUACAGACGCUUUCUGUCCCGCCCCCACAAACACACCAGACACUUUUAACAGGCGGCAGACGAGCUCCCGGUCUCCAUUCACUGCAGUGUGGCACUCCACAGAGGGACAAUACUGAAGGAGCACUGCGCCUGUCCUGGGAAUAAGGUUAUUACAGAGGCUCCAAAUAUACGCCUGACCAUGGUUCUCUGUGAGGACGGAGAGUGCAGCGUCUGCCUCCUGCCCUACUCUCGGAUGGACCGGAUCCCCCGGGUGCUCCACUGCAGGCACACCUUCUGCGACCUGUGCCUGGAGACCAUGUCGCAGGCCAGGAGCGGGAUGCUCACCGUGGGCUGCCCUUUGUGUCGUCGGGUGACCUGCAUAGGACGAGGCCUCAGCCUGCAGGAAGCUCUGUGGGUCAACAGCAGGCUGUGGGAGCAGAUACCAGAGGAGGAGGAAGAAGAAGAAGAGGAGGAUAAAGAGGAGAAGGUAGAUGGAGGACUGAAACAAGAAGCCGAGGAGGAGAGGAUGGAGACUAAACAAGAAGAAGAAUGCGUUUCCUCCAGGUCCGCCAGAACAAAGCUCAAACUGCCUGCGUUCUUCCGAAGGUUCAGUCUGACAAAGCAACACCAGGAGAGGAUUGUGCCUGGCAGCAAUGUGGAAAUGAAAUCCUGGCGCAGACUUUCAACCGAAGAGACCCUUUAAAAAGUGACAGGUGACAGCAGACGCCUCCUGUCAAAGGAGGGAAAGUUGAGGCCGUUAGCGCACAGAAUCCAUUUGUGUUCCUGUCAAGACAUUGUUUUGUCCUCAGCCAAAGGUGCCCUGUCCGACCCUCCUCCCCUCCACCAUUAUUUAUUCUGGGCUUAAUUCUCCCAGCUGGUGCUGUGGGAUUUGGUUCAGCUGUCCCAGUGGGACCCACACCCAAAGACCCCCCUCGUAACAGAUGGCCUUCCCGAGGAUGUUCCCUUUUUUUUCUUCUUUUUUUGUUGCAUAGCCACUGUCGAUUCAACACAACUUUUAGUUUCUUUUUGUAAUUUAUGAUAGCUAGUUGACAAAGUAUUUAAUAAAACUAUUUUUGAAAGAACCGCUCUGUAUCUGUGUUUUGGUUUACCCAUCGCACCGUGCGGCUGCGGGAGACAUGGCAUGUCUUCUGUUUUAUCAUUUACAUGACACGUUAAGUAUUUAACUGACUGAAAAUAAGUGAAGCCGGUAGAUUUCUGUAUAGCAUAAUGUGAAUAUUAACAAAAACAUCUCACAAAAGACUCAUUCAACCAUGAAAGCGGAUUAUAAAAUCCAUUCAUUGAGCAUCUGGCAAGUAUUCCAUGUUCAAAAGAUAUUAGAGUACUGGAUCAUUAUUUUAAUCUCUUGCCUUUGCACCGUAUGUGCAAUUCAAUCUCACCUCAAGGGCACUGUUAAGUAAUGU